AUGUUGGUUUUCUUGUGCUUCACCUGCCUUGCACACACCUCUGUGUGUUUCUGGAAUCCAAGGCGACUACCAUGUGAUGUGACAUCUGCCAACUCUUCAGUCAUUUUUGACUGUAAAGGAAGGAAGCUCUCCGAAGUGCCUCUUCACAUCAGUGCAAAUGCAACCAAGCUGGACCUUUCUGAAAAUCGAAUAUCUACAAUCUCCAAUGAUUCUUUCUGGAAUCUAAGCAAUCUGACCUUUUUAAACCUCAACUUGAAUAGGAUUGAAGAUGGCAAGGGCAGUGGAAAAAAAACUUUUUCAGGAUUAGUUCAAUUAAGAACAUUGCUCCUCGAUGGUAAUUCGCUUUCCAGGGUCCCUGAAGAUCUCCCCCAUGGGUUAACAAUUCUCAGUUUAAGUUCAAACAAAAUUGAGUACAUUGCAUCAAAAAACUUCAGACACAUCCCAAAAAUUGCAGUUCUGAGAUUAAAUAAGAAUUGUUAUUUUGGAAGCAACUGUAAAGACCCCUUACGUAUUGAAAACGCAACCUUCGCUGUCUUAACCAAUCUCAAAAACCUGUCAUUAACACAUAAUAGACUGAGAAAUAUACCUCCGAAUCUCCCAGAAUCCCUUGUUGAACUUAAACUCCAUUUAAAUACAAUCCAGCAUGUUGGCAAAUCUGAAUUACAAAGCCUAACACAGCUGAAGGUUCUUGAUUUGUCAGGUAACUGUCCUCAAUGCUUAAAUGCCCCUUUUCCAUGCAAACCCUGCCAGACAGAAAGUGGCUCCAUGGACAUAGAUGCCAAUGCUUUCAGUGACCUUUCAAACCUUGAAGAAUUACGUCUUUCAGGAAAUUCCCUCAAAAAAGUCCCUUCCUUGUGGUUUCAAAAUUUAACCCAGUUGAAGUAUUUGUACUUGUCUUUCAAUUUUCUGGUUAGUGAAAUUGCCACAGGAGAAUUUCUUUCUGUUUUACCACAUGUGGAAAUUAUUGACUUUUCUUUCAAUCGCAAUAUUAAAUCAUAUCCAGUCAGAAUACAGCUUUCCAAAACAUUUUCCAAACUAAAAUCAUUAAAAACAUUGCAUAUGGAGGGUUAUGACUUCCAAAAACUUAAUGAAAAUGAUUUGAGACCCCUCUACAGUUUAACAAAUCUCUCUGUACUUAAUUUGGGGACAAACUUUCUUGAGAUUAUAAAUCUCCCCCUUUUCCACAACUUCUUCAACCUUUCCUUUAUUUACAUGGCAGAAAAUAAACUGACGUUCUCAUUCCAGAGAGGAUGUAGUGCAUGUAUGACUCAAUCUGAAAGUGAAGGCGAUUCAGACCAGGAUAUAUACCCUGAAAAAAGAUAUGGCCCCUACAUUCACAAAGAUGAAGAAAAUCGUUUUUAUCCUGCCUCAGUCAAGCAGGAAUGCCUUAUUUAUGGACCAGUGCUGGACCUUAGUAAAAACAACAUAUUCUACAUUAAUCCAAAACGUUUCAAAGGUGUGGAAAAUACUACUUGUCUCAAUCUCUCUGCUAAUUCCAUUGUAGAUUCUUUCAAUGGUACUGAAUUUAUACAUUUUCCAAAUCUCAACUAUUUGGAUUUGUCUUAUAAUAAAAUGUAUAUGAGCCAUGACUAUGCAUUUUCUGAAUUAAAAAACCUAAAAGUCCUGGAUUUAAGUCACAACAAACAUUAUUUUGUGGUGACAGGUGUAACUCAUAAUUUAGCUUUCCUCAAACACCUUCAGUUUUUGAAAGUAUUAAAUCUGAGUUGGAAUGAAAUCAGUACUCUCACAUACAAGGGCAUGGUGAGCAGUUCUUUAGAAGAGUUACAGUUUCAGGGGAAUCGGUUAGACAUAAUGUGGAAACAUGACCAACAUUAUUUUGGCCUUUUUAAACAACUGAAAAAUUUAACCCACCUGGAUCUGUCCUACAAUAAGCUUCAUCACAUUCCACCUGGUGUUUAUGCCCAUUUCCCAACAUCACUGAAAAGCCUGAUUUUAAGUAAAAAUAAGCUUAGAUUUUUCGACUGGCAGACAUUGCAGUAUUUUCACCAACUUGAAGAAUUAGAUUUAAGUGAAAAUAAAUUGCGCAACAUGACUGAAAAUUUAUUAUUGUGUACAAAGACGUUAAGGGUGUUGGAUCUCAGUUACAACAGAAUUGCUCAUCUUUCUGAUGGCUUUCUGGGGGGUGCCAAAAGUCUGCAGUCACUUGAUCUCAGUUUCAACCGACUAACUCUCUUAAACCAUUCCACUUUCCUUUCAGGACCAGACAACUACAUUAAGGAGUUGUCCCUGAAGGGAAAUCCAUUCCUCUGUACAUGUGAUCUUUUUGAUUUCAUCUUGUGGAUUGAUCAUAAUGAUGUUAAGAUCCCACGACUGGCGACUGAAGUGACCUGUAACAUGCCAGCCAAUAAAAAAGGCAAAGGGGUAAUAUAUUUAGAAACAGACGCGUGCAUAAAUGACAGCAAGGCAUUUAUGUUUUACUUAAUUUCUUUUUCUUUUGUUUUUUGCACCAUGGCUGUAUCUGUGACACUGCAUCUGUUUUAUUGGGACGCUUCCUAUAUUUUCCACUUAUGGAGGGCAAAAAUAAAGGGCUACCAUUAUCUCAGGUCAACAGACACUAUCUACGAUGCCUUUGUUACGUACGACACCAAAGACCCUCUUGUCUCAGACUGGGUCCUGAAUCAUCUGCGGCAAGAGCUAGAGGAGAACGGGGACAAGCUAUUCCCGAUCUGUCUGGAGGAGCGGGACUGGACCCCGGGGGCGCCUGUGAUCGAAAACCUCUCGCAGAGCAUCAGACAGAGCCGCAAGACCGUCUUUGUGCUGACGGAGGCCUAUGUACGGAGCGGGAUCUUCAAGAUGGCCGUGUACCUGGCCCACCAGAGGCUGCUGGAUGACAACAUGGACGUGAUGGUGCUGCUGCUGCUGCAGCCUGUCCUGAGGCACUCCCGCCUGCUCCGCCUCCGUAGGCGUCUGUGCGGGAGGAGCAUCCUGGAGUGGCCCAGGAACCCCUCCGCGGAGCACUGGUUCUGGCAGUGCCUGAGGAACGCCAUCAGAGUGGACAAUCAGGUGAUGUACAGCAAGCUGUACUCCAGCUACUUCACCUCCAAGUAG